ACUUCUCUUUCAGGCGCAGUGAUCUAUAAAGUCGUCCUGUGACGCGCUACUCCUUCCUUUCUCUCUCUCUUCCUCCGCUGAGAAGGAACGCCAUCAUGUCGUCUCACCUGCAGUGGAUGGUGAUCAGAAACAACUCCAGUUUCCUCAUCAAGAGGAACGGACAGACCUACAGCACCGAGCCAAACAACCUGAAGGCCAGGAAUGCUUUCCGUUUCAACGGUCUUGUUCACCGCAAGACAGUCGGUGUUGAGCAGGCUGCUGAUGGCAAGGGUGUAGUUGUCAUCCUGAAGAAACGUGCAGGUCAGCGUAAACCUGUCAAGUCAUACGAGAAGAUCACAAUCAACAAGAACUCGCGCACCACACUCAACCGCCUGAGGAACAUCAUCCGCAAAAACAAUUACAGGAAGGACCUCAGCAUGGCGGCUCUGAGGCGUGCCAGUGCUAUCCUGAGGAGUCAGAAGCCUGUGGUGGUGAAGAAGCGCUCCAGGACCACCAAGAGCACAUAAACACCCACCUCACACAACACAGUCUGAGUUAAUAAAGUGUUUUGGUCAAAUAUC